ACAAACAUAACCGACCAGCACUUGUUAGUGAGGAGAAAAACCCCACCGCGAAAUGCAGGUCCAUCUUCCAGCGGCGGUGAAAUAGACCGAAAGCGUUCAAAAUAUAUUCAAAUUUGUGAUUUUUUUGGAGUAUUGGAUCCCCAUCUUUUGCCCCCUGAAGAUUUUCUUGUCAUCUCUCUUCGUGUUUCAUUUUAUUUAAGGAUGUCGGUGGCGGGGUUUAAGAAGCAGCUGCACAAAGCGAGUCAGUUAUUAAGUGAAAAGAUAAGCGGUGCAGAAGGGACAAAACUCGAUGAAGACUUCAUGGAAAUGGAGCGGAAAAUAGAAGUCACCAACAAGUCUGUUUUUGAACUUAUGACUAAAACCACAGAAUACCUUCAACCAAACCCAGCAUCAAGAGCCAAACUGGGAAUGCUCAACACCGUGUCUAAAAUCCGAGGGCAGGUAAAGACGACGGGUUAUCCUCAAACCGAAGGCCUAUUAGGAGACAGCAUGCUGCGAUAUGGACGGGAACUGGGGGAGGAGUCCACUUUCGGGGCUGCGCUGGUGGACAUUGGUGAAGCCAUGAAACAGAUGGCCGAUAUUAAAGACGCCCUCGAUAUCAACGUGAAACAGAACUUCAUUGACCCACUUCAGACUCUACAAGACAAAGACCUCAAAGAGAUUGUGCAUCAUUUGAAGAAACUGGAGGGACGACGGCUAGACUUUGACUAUAAGAAGAAGCGCCAGGGCAAGAUUCCUGAUGAGGAGAUCAAACAGGCUGUGGAGAAGUUUGAGGAAUCCAAAGAACUUGCUGAAAGUAGCAUGUUUAACUUUUUGGAGAAUGAUGUGGAGCAAGUGAGUCAGUUAUCAGCUCUGAUUGAGGCAGCUCUGGAUUACCAUCGACAGUCCUUGGAGAUCCUGGAGGAACUCAACAGCAAAAUACAGAACAGGAUAUCUACCGCAAGCAAUCGGCCCAAAAAAGAGUUCAAGCCAAAGUCGAUCGUGUCCAGUUUGGAGACCGUCGAGAACACACAGCACAAUGGACUUUCCCACACCUCAUCUGUCAAAAGCACAGAUAUCCAGGUCAUCCACUCUGUAAAUGGAAAAAUUGAUCAGUUCACACACACAGCACCCACAGUACCCAAUGUAUCAUGGCCUGAAAGCCCCAAUGGUAAUAGCAAACAGAUAGAAUCACACAUGGACCAGCCCUGUUGUCGAUCGCUCUACGACUUUGAUCCGGAGAACGAGGGUGAGCUGGGUUUCAAAGAGGGCGACAUCAUCAUCCUCACCAAUCAGAUUGAUGAGAACUGGUAUGAAGGCAUGAUUAAUGGUGAAUCGGGCUUCUUCCCCAUAAACUACGUAGAGGUCCUAGUGCCCCUGCCUCAAUGAGCCGAGCCAACAACCAUGGUCACUGACCACACAGCCAAACUAGACUGUCUCAACCGUCCACGCACCCAACAUCCUCUGCUGCAUUCUCACCAAUGAAAGCCUUGCUUUUUACCACAGACAAUUUUGAAGCUUUCACAUUUCAGUAUUUAUCUAAUUAUGUUUUCCCGGCGUCAUGGUGCAACAUCUAGGUUUUUACACUGCGAAAACAUUUUAAUCAGUAUUUAUCUAAACAUCUUUAUAACUAAAACAGACCUAUACGUCAUCUUUUGCCCUGUUUUCACCUGGUAUUAAGAUGCUUUUGGUUGAUCGGAUCACAAGUAGACAAAGGAGACACAUUCCCGAUCACACCUGCUGUUUUAAUCUGUCUCUUUUGUCCACUUUCAACCACUUCUGUCCUGAUUUCUUUGAGGGGAGGGUCUAUGGGCGGGUAAAUGAAUGGGCUUUUUCAGAUCUUUCGAUCUAAUGGACGAAAUAAGCU